AUGGCGGGCAGCUGGUCAGGCAUGCUGCAGACUCUGCAGGCAGUGGACACGGAACUUACUGCGGACUCGGUGGAGUGGUGCCCAGUAGAUGGUUGCCAGCAGCUGAUGGCCUGCGGAACCUACCAGCUGCGAACGCCCGAGGACCAGCCUGCCCUGGAUGUCAACGAGCCUCAAGUUCGUUUAGGUCGUCUUUACCUGUACAGUUUCAAUGAGGACAACACGACUAAACCUCUGGUUGAGGUCCAUAGAAGGGAUUCUUCUGCCAUCCUGGACAUGAAAUGGUGCCAUAUCCCAGUGUCUGGCCACAUACUUUUAGGCUUGGCAAAUGCCAGUGGAUCUGUAGAGCUGCUCCGCCUGACAGAAUAUGAGUAGAACAGUUACACCCUACAACCAAUAUCCAGCCUUACCCUGGAGGAGAGAAGUCUGUCCUUGUCCCUAGAUUGGUCAACAGGGAAACCUGGAAGGGCCAGAGACCAGCCCUUGAAGAUCAUUAGCAGUGAUUCUAAGGGGCAGCUGCAUCUCCUGAUGGUUAAUGAGGGAGCGGCUGAACUGCAGCUCGUGGCUUCAUGGCCAGCCCAUCACUUUGAGGCCUGGAUUGCUGCUUUCAAUUACUGGCGCACAGAACUCGUGUAUUCAGGAGGAGAUGACUGUCUUCUGAGAGGCUGGGACACCAGGAUUCUUGGCACACCUGUCUUCACUAGCAUAAGACACUCCAUGGGCGUGUGCAGCAUCCAGAGCAACCCCCAUCAGGAACAUAUACUGGCUUCUGGAAGUUAUGAUGAGCAUGUUCUGCUUUGGGACACUCGGAACAUCAAGCAGCCGUUGGCAGAUGUGCCAGUGCAAGGAGGCGUGUGGAGGCUCAAGUGGCACCCAGUCUACCACCACCUACUCCUGGCGGCUUGCAUGUACAACGGCUUCAAGAUUCUCAACUGCCAGAAGGCCAUUGAGGAGAAGCAGGACGUGACUGUCUCAAUAUCCCAGGAAAUGCCUAACUCAUUAGUGUAUGGGGCUGACUGGUCCUGGCUUCUUUGCCAUUCCACGAAGCCUAGGUCCACCUGCUCCUUUGAUCAGAAUGAGAUGGGAACCAGAGCUGCAGACCGCUCCAGUCUGAAGGUUGCCGAGGAGCCACCCGUGCCUUUCCAUGAACAAGUAGUGGACCACCACAUAGAUGGCCCUGUUAACACGCCCAGUAGAGCUGAAUUGGAGGCUUCUCUCCUUCCAGUAGCAGAGGACAUGAAAAGCAGCAGCCAGCUAGACUCCUCUUCCAAGAUGUGUGAUCUCAGCCUUUCCUCUGGUGGAGGGAAUUGUGACAACAGCCUCCUGGCCACCUGCUCCUUUUACAACCAUGUUCUCCACCUCUGGAAGUGGAAGACAGAGCAAGCUUGAGGCUGCACUCUUUGCAUUUAUACUGGAUGUGACUUGGGAGUGCUGGCCUUUGAGAAUGUCCUUUGUGAUUAUGUUUUGGCAGUGAAUGGGUUUUUUCAGCUCUAAAACUAAGUAUCUUGGUAUAUUUUGACGUUCAGCCCUUCGUUUGUAUUUAAGUCCUUGUUUAUAUUAAUUAAAUAACUUCAAUUUUUUUAAUUUUUUAAAAAUAUUGUAAUCAUAUGUGUGCUUAUGUCUGUGUGUGGAUUCUGGAAGCCA